GGAAGGGAAGCCCACUCGAUUCUCCAAGCCACCGCCGAUGGCCGCCGGCGACACCGCCGCUCCGGCGGUGACCAAGAUCUCCAUCUCCGGCGCGGCCCUCGCCGCGCUCCUCCAGCGCUGCGCGAUGGCCAACGGAGGCUGCGACGGCCUCCUCUCCGGCCGCGCCUCGAGCGUCCCGCCCCCGGCUCCUUCCCUCUCCGACUACGACGACCACGCGCCGGCCCAGUCCGCCCCCGCCAUGUCCAUCUCCAUCUCCGGCCAUUCAUCCCUCUCCCGCCCCUCCACCCUCUCCGACCCCCUCGGUCGCUUCCAGCCCUCCCCCGCUGCCGGCCCCGCCACGAUCGGCUUCUUCUCCUCCCGCCGCCGCACCGCUCUCCGCCCCUCCAUGCGCGAGCUCUCCCUCGCCCGCUCCCUCUCCAAAGCCCUUGCGCUCAACCACCCCCUCCUUUUCCUCCUCGUCUCCUCCUCCUCCUCCCCCAACCUCUCCACUCACACCUACGACCACCGCGCCUUCCUCCUGAUCGACUCCCGCCUCGUCCCGACCUCGCUCGACGUCGCCAAUGUCGGCCCCGGCUUUCGGGACCAGUACCACUCCUUUGCCCCCGAGUCUCCGAUGCCCUGGCUGCCACUUCCAUGGCCCUCACCGUCGGCAGCAGCAGACGGCACGGACACCAUUGGGGAGCAGAAUGCGGUGGAUGGGAUGGUGGGCGGGUUUAGGCUAGGGAAGCUGCAGGGGAUCAUGGGCUCUGCGGCAGCACAGGUGGCGGAGAUCGAUGGAAUGUAUGUAGGAAUGCUCAGGAGGUUGGAGAAGCUUGCCAGGGAGGUGGAGAAGAGCAAUCUCCUUGUUCUUAAGCAGGAAAACCGGAACCUGCUGCUGAGGUCCAGGUAUGCGGGAUUGGAAUAGCAUCAAAGCCUAUUUGGUCUUAGCGAGUGUGUAUCAUAAUCAAAAAUAUAUCAGUGCCAGUUUCCACGCUAAAGUCUUGAUUGUGGCUUCAGCUUCGCUUAAGCUGGUUCUGAAGGAGGAGGCGAGAAUCGUGACUCGUGACCACUUUGUAUGGAAGAAUCCAAGAAGGUGCAUGGUACCGAGGAUGAGAACGAGGGAACGCCAUGCGGAAAACUGGUGUGGAAAUGAAAAACUUAUGUCGUCUGGUAUGCGAUGAAGCAGGUUGAGUUGUCAAUUGCGUCACCAUCAACACCCUUGUAGUACUAUUUCUUCUUUCCUUUGUCAUUGUCCAUGUUGGCUCGGUCUAGCCUGUUUUGUUUGUUAUGACAGCAGCUGUAGCCAAGGUUCGUAAUGUCAUGAUUAUCACCGUGG